AUAUUUGAUUCUCAAGAUGUUUCAAUUUUUUUCGUUCAUUAUUAUCAUGAAGCAAAGAUAAAAAUGAUUAGUAAAGCUAGGCUUAAUCAUUUGAAUGGCUCCAAUAUGCAACAAGAAUUGCUCAAAUCAUAUCUCCGUAAAACAUCUAAUCAAUUUAUUUGUCUAAAAAAUCAAAAAAUUGCAGAGAAAUUUUGCGAAAAAAUCGCUCAUGAAUUAGACUGUGAUAAUAGCAAAAAUUCUUAUUUAUUUGAAGCUUCACCGGGAUAUGGUAUUCUAACAGAAAAUUUAUUGAAACAUAGCAAAAGAAAAAUACGUGUGUUCGAGCAUGUUUCAAAACAUCGACCACAUCUGGAAGCACUUCAUCAGAAAUAUGGAAAUGAUAAAAUGGAAAUUAUCGACAAACAAAUAUUAGAUUUUGCAACUGGAAAUUAUAGAUUACUCGAUUUGGAACGUGAAGAUCUACUUCGAUUAUGUUUUGGUGGUUUGACGAAUAAUUGGUCACAUUCAACCGAUCGGCCACAACAAACGCAACCAUCAUUUCGACUAUUCACUGCUUUAUCGCCAUUUUUUGCUCGAGAAUUUCUUACCUAUCUAGUGUAUUCCAUUGUUCGUUUUGAAUCAUUCUUCGAGUCUGGACCCAAUGAAUUUUAUCUAUUCGUACCAAUAUCCAUAUAUAGAACGAUAGCAAGUAAACCAUCACGUAACCUUCACCUUUAUACUGCCUUCACUAUUCACAUGAAUACACUGUUUGAACGACAUGAAAUCGAUUUAUAUUCAUCAGAUUUGAAAAACGGUAUUGAUAAAGUUAAGAUUGAAAAUCGACAUCAUUCAAUCAUAUCUAGUACCAAUUUCGCCUAUACCAAUGAUCGUAAAUUUAAAUCAAAAGAAGCAUUCAUUUUGAUUAAACUUAAACCGAAGCCUUUUAUUAGUCAAAUGGAGGCUGAUUAUCUAAUCGAUUACAUUGUUUUUGUCAAACAAUCAUUCAUGAAACGUACAAACAAUGCCAUAAAAUAUUAUGAAAAACAUUUUCCUGGUUGUACGAUCGAUCUUAUUGGUCUUGGUAUUUCCUAUUAUAAAACCCUUGGUGAUUUAACUAGUGAUGAAAUGUUUCAGAUAUUUAGUCAUGUACAUAAACUGCCCCAUUUUUCGCAUUCAAUUUUUAAAAAUGAUCAUUAAUUCACCUAUUUGCACUGUAUCGUUUAUAACUACUCUUUUUGAGUCAACAU